UUAUUUAAUACAAUUUCGAGCGCGCCCUGGUAGAAUUGAAGCGAUACCGGCAGCUUACCCGGUAGAUUUAAAUGGAUUUAAAUGAUUCUCUUAUGCCCCAAAAUAAAAUAAGAAAAUAUCUGAUUGGCUGGUCCAGUGGAAAAACUCCAGGCACGAGGGGGCUGAGGGCUGAGUCAGCUGAGUGACUGGCGUCAAUCGCAACGUGGUCCGAACGAAACGCUCCCUCCUAACCUCUAACCUAACCUAACCUCUCUUUUCGCACGUCUUGACUCUUCUCGUUCAUUUCUUAUUUUACUAUACGCACCGUCGUUAAUUUUCCGACUGUAAAUCUCCUUUUUCACAUAUGUACUCUAUAUUCAAUUCGAUUCGACGUGAUUCACUCGGUUUUAUCGCCAUGAGUGUUGCGACACCGAUGUACGGUAAUCGCGAAACUUGACACUUGCACUGCUCCGAUCGCGUGGAUUGACAAACGCCGUCGUUGGUUACAGGAGAUUGUUGAAUAAUCUUGAUUUUUCAUGAAUCGCUUUUGUCAUGACGAGCGAGGAUAACGUGUGGAGAGAACUAGCAAGAAUCCCUGCCGAUCCCCCCGACACGAGAGACAAGUGUCAACAAUGCAGGAGACCUGUACAAGUAUGCUGGUGUCCGGGUUUGCCGAAGCAGCGUCUCAAUCCAGCGUCGAGGAUAAUAAUUUUGCAGCAUCCGGCAGAGGCAAAGCGCUGUCUGCGCACCGUGCCGAUGCUCGCAUUGGCAUUAGAAUCGGGAAAGUGCCUAAUUUUCAGGGGAAAAAAGUUUCCGUUGCCUAAGCACGAAGGCCUGGCGGAGAUAUUAAAUGACAAGAAUACUAUUUUGCUAUAUCCAUCACCUGGCGCUGUUGCGUUGGAUACGCUGGAUCCAGUUGGGAUCAAUGAGCAAAAGGCAUACAACUUGGUUCUGCUGGAUGGAACGUGGCCGCAAGCGAAAGCGAUAUAUCACUCGAGCCCAGCUCUGUAUUUUCUACGAGCUUGCAAGCUGAUCGGUGUACCCACUAGUGAAUACGUGAUCAGGACACAGCCGACGGAGGGUUGUCUCUCGACGCUGGAGACAGGCGCGAGUGCGCUCUCGAUUCUAGAAGGGGAUCCCGAACUGAGAGAGAAGAUGCUGGGUCCACUACAUUAUUUAUGUAGGUUUCAAUUAGAAAAUGGUGCGGUAACACACCAGAGCAAGGAGUUUCUUAUCAAACAGAAAGCUUAUCCAAAGUUAAUUGGCAAAAGACUCGCUAAACAAUUACGUAUAUUACCGGAUAGUACCUCAUAAUAUUAAGACGUACUGAAAGUUCAUCGAGAUAUAUAUUUGAAAAUUAGAUAAAUAUAUAAAAUAAAUAUCUUUCAUGAACUUCAUAUAAAGAGCGUUGAUAUGGAAAAGAAAUACUGCGUAAAGUUAGCACAUGAAAGUUUCAAUAAAUUUCUAUUUACAAUUUAUAAAAUAAGCCUAAGAUACUCUAUUCUAGCGGCUCGAAAAAAUUAUUUUAGGAUUUUUAAAAAUAACAGCGGAUCUUUGUGAAGAUUUAUAAUAUAUCUUGUAAAUAUUAAUUUCCAUGUUUGGAAGAAAACGGUUUGAUAAUAUGACGUGUCAUUUCUCAUAAAAUUGUAAAAAAUGUAAGAAAAAUACUAUUUAUCCAAUGAAAUAUAUUUGGAAUAUUAAACUUAAUUUUAUUAAAAAAAUAAAGUAAAAUGUUAUAAACAACUUAUCCUUCUCGAUACCCGGGCUAGCUAGGAAUUACUAUUUUCUUUCAAUAAGUAGAUCAUUUGACUAAUUUUCAAAAUAUCCAACAUAUUAACUUUGAAAAUGUUUUGAGAAAAACGUGAUCAAGUUUUAUAAGUUUUUUUAUUUUUAAGUAAAAUUUGUGCACUACCAGAUACUUACAGCUAAUCUACUAUUUCAAAAUCGUUCACCCGGCAAAAAUAUUGGCAAUUUAAAAUGGAUAAGAUUCAAACAGAAAAGAACAUCUUUUGUCCUAUUACUCGUGUCCGGAGCGUGGUGACUUCUCUUCAUAUACAUGUGUUGCGCACGUGGAUUAUACACAUUGUAUAUGGAACCUACAGUUUAACGCCGAUUUCGAACGGCAAUUUUUUGGAGAAGUUUUCGUGGCAAGACAUACUCUCGGUGGUUUGCCAUUGCCUUCCGAGAGGAGAACGAGCGAAUAAAAUUUUCUAGCUCUACCGGGAAUCGAACCCGGGAUCUUUGGCUUAAUAGACCAGUGCGCUGUCUACUAGGCCACGCUCGUCUCUUGGGGUGCUUUCGGUUUCUUCAAAUAAUUCCAGUUUACUUGAUCCCUUUUUGCUAUUUGAAUCUCUGGAGUAAAAAGAACCCUUAAAACCUGUAUUUCUAUUAUCUUGAUAUCAUUCUUUGUAUCGUAAAAUUUUAUUUUCAUAAUUUUGUUU